UAUGUUUCAAAAAUCAACCAAAAUCUAUGGAAAAUGUAUUGAUGUUAAAAAAAUUUAAUUUAUAUUCUGCAAAUGUUUAUUAAUUGAAAUGUUUAAUUGUCUAAGAUAUUGUCAAAGAUUUUUUAAUCCAUCGACUUUAGAAGCUAUAGAUCGAGUUAUUUUACACAGAAGAAUCUAUUCAAAUGGAAAAAUUAUACCAAAUGAUAAUCUUAAGUCUAUUAGUUGUACCCUCAGAGAAAAUCUUUUUAAUACCGAGGACAAAAUAUCCAGUUUUGAUGAGCUAGCAUCAUUUAUUAACAAUUCACGUAGAAUACAAGUAGAAAAAAUAUCACAACUGUUUACUACUAUUAAAGAUGAUAAAUUGACUGAAAAAAAUGUCUUAUUAAUAUUUGAAUGCUGUGGUACUACAGUUCCUUGGGGAAAUGUAGAAACUAGAAAAGUUUUAUGCCAAUCCGCACUCAAACGUUUUGAAUCAACUGGAACCUUUAAUGAAAAAGUCUAUGAGUCCUACAUUUCUAUAUGUACACAAAAUAAGCAAUGUCUAGAUGUAGAUUCAUCAAUUUCUUCCAUUGGAAGUAAUUUAACACAUAAUUUAUUAAAAUUGAUAUUGUGGAAUACUUGUGAGUGUGGAGAUAAAAAUAAAGCAAUGAAAAUAUUAUCUGAGAUGAAAAAAAAGGGAUGUAGCAUUGAUGAAGAAGUCUUCAAUUAUCUCAUUCUAGUACAUACCAUUGAAGAGGGUCCCUCAUCGGGUCUGAAGGUCAUACAAACUAUGAAUACAGCAAAAAUAAAAACAAGCAGUGAUUCACAUUUUUUUCUCAUCAAAGGAUUAGCUCAUAGGAAAAACAUGAAAGAAUUCAAAGAUGCUUUAGAACAAUAUCAAAUUAAUUAUAGUGAAGAUAAGAUAUUGUGUUUGUUGGACAUUUUAGGAUCAGUUGGUAAUCAUGAGUGGGUUGAUUCAAUCUCAAACCUAGUAGACAAAACAUUGCUUAGCAGAAAUUUUUCAAUAGAACUGAAGAAACUAUCUACUCUUCUGGUACAUAAUGGCAAAUAUGAUGCUGCCUUUAAAAUAUAUAAGGUGUUUGCAGAUCCUAAGCUAGAGGAUGCUUAUGCACAACACAUUUUGGAAGAAAUGUUGUUAUGCUCCGCACCCACAGAAAAAAUUGUGGAGUUUGUGAACAACUUGAAACAUUUUGGUCUGAACGAAUAUGCUUUGGAAAACGUAACAGAAUCUGCUCUAAAAAAUAAAUUGUUCACUGUCGCUAUGAACUUAUUCUGUCAUUUCGAUAUGUUGAAGCCCCACUAUUUUUGGCCGAUUCUUGUUGAAGCUCAUCAUAGGGAUGGUGAAAUAGGACUAAUGGACGUUAUACAUGCUGUGACAAAUAUGAAUGUGAAGUUUGAUGAAAUAUCGUUUUCCACCUUUAUCUUUCCAAGAUGUAAUUUAACAAAUCCUCGGAGGCUGAUGGAGAUGUUUCAGGAAAUGGGUUAUACUGCAAGGACAUUAUUAACACCCAUGAUAAUCGCGUUGCUCAAGAAUAAGCAAGUCAAUGAAGCCGCCCAAUUGGUUGACACAUACAAGGACGUCAAGAUCAAACAUGAAGAUAUCGUAAAAAUACUUCCGUUCACUUGGUUGAGCGUAGGCGACAGCAAGGGAUGUGUUGCAUUGUUACAAAAAAUUGCGGAAACUGGAAGUGACUUGAACCUAGGUUAUUUUUUGAUUAGUGUAGUGGACAAGUUGAGGAAUAAGUCGAGGCAGCAUCAUUUGAUAGGCCUAAUUAAGGAAUUCAAAACCAGCAAUUUGAGGAUAAGCAGUUCUAAUGUCGAUUCAAUAUUAGCUCUCCUAAAUAGCAGCAAACUAUAUUCUCACAUUAAAAUCAAGGAGAUUGAAGAGGCCCUGAAUGAUAUACUGGAUUUCACUAUAAUUCCAAGAGAACAUCCUUUCUUACAUCCGAAUCAAAUGGACUUAGAGCAGCUAGAACUGCACCUGAUCGAGCUGAAGAGUAAGGGAAUGGAGACAAGGGGAGUACUGAGGAAACUAAUCAACAAGUACUCUGGACGUGGUAAUCACCAAAGGGUGACGGAAUUGAGGCAGGAGCUCGAGGCAAAAGGGUACACAUCUUCACCCGGUAUGAAGUCUGCCGUCUUGCAGACUCACGUACGAGAAGGAAACUUGGAAGAAGCCAUGCAGAUCUACGAUGAACUGACGCAGUCCGCCCCCAAUUUCAGAAUGGACAGCUUCAAAAUCGUCGAUCUGGCAACGCUGCUAGUAAAAAACGAUAGGUUCGACAAGGCCAUGGAAAUUCUGAAGACAUCGGCUAUAGAUCAAAAAAAUUCUACCGAAGAUAUGAAAUCUUGGGAGAGAAAUUGUUUAAACCUAUUGAAGAGCAUAAAGGAUAUAGAUAAGCAGAAAGAAGCCUUCAAAAUUCUUAUGGAUUGCAGCUAUUGCGGUCCUACCAACAUUAUUUUAGGUGCAAUGAUACAGCUGCAUUUAGAAAAAGAUACCAUAGAAACCGUUGUUGAUUUAUAUGAGGAAUACUGCAUCAAAUAUAAUAACACCCCGAUGCAGUUAGUUAUGAUUGGGGAAUUGUUGGAAUCUGGAAGAGAGGAGCUGUUGAAGAGAGUGUUAGAUGCUUCUGCAAGGGUCCAUGGCAAUACGGCUACUCGUUCUGCGCUCAUCGCGGCAAUGUGUGAAAAAGGCUUAGUCAAACAAGUGGUCACAGUUUUACAGGACCCCACACUUAAUACCUCUAAAGAUUUGGAAAAGAGAUGUGAACGUUGGGUCCAUAUAAAAAAUAUGGCUGCUCUCCAGACAUUGUUGGCUGCCGCAAAGCAAUUGCCGCCUAAAUUAUUGAAUAUUCCUAAAAUUCAACUGUCCAUAAUGCAACUGUACAGUAAAUUUAAUGAUUGUGAUGGAGCUUUGGUGUUUUGGAAAUCUCUUGUCGAUGAAGAAGAUCAUGUAGAUACUGAAGUUGAUAAUGAGUUCUGCCAGUUGUUGAGUCGUUGUAAAUUUAGUUCGCCGGAAAACUUAACAAUGAAAUACAAAUUGAAAUGAU